AUGUCGACUCUAUCCUCUCCGCGCCCAUCGAUUGCCUCUUCACGAGCCCCUUCUCCAGGGCCGCCGUCGUCCCGCCCCUCUCUCGAUGGCUUGAAUACCAACGUCAGCGGCGGGCUCAGCGCCGCUUUUACCCCGUCCACUGCACGAGCUCUCUCCCCCUCAUUCAACCCUCGGCGGAAUCGCAGUGCCCUCCGUGAUUACUAUAACCUCAAACCGCCCGGUGCGGAUCAAUCUGCCUCUAGGGAUGCGUCUCGCUCGCGCAGCGUUCCCCGAACCACCGAUGCCGGGAAUAUAUCCAACCCGUCCGCUUUGGCUUCGGGGACUGAGCUUGACAGUGCGGACUUCGACCCGCAUCGCUAUGUCGAGCAUCUCCUUUCUACGUCGACUCUAUCUACGGUGCUCAAGGCGGAGAAUACGCUUGUUGGAGAUAUCCGGACUCUCGACGGAGAACGGAAAGCACUCGUCUACGAUAAUUAUUCGAAGUUAAUCCGUGCUGUGGAGACCAUUGGCAAGAUGCGACGCAGUAUGGAUGAACGUGGUGCUCCCUUGACUAUGACAAAGACCUUGGGUCCGGCAAUUGCGUUCGUUGCUGAGACCGCUGGCGGACUUAUCAAGGAAGGGGAGGAGCAGCGGCGGCGAAUGAAAGAGGCCAAGACGGAAGACGGAGCUUCUGGAUUGAAGAAUGAGAAGGAUACUGUCCGAUGGGUGCUUGCUGCACCCCUGAGACUGGAGAAGCUCGUGGCGGAGGAUAGGCGGGAGGAUGCGGAGAAAGACUGGAAGGAGAUUCAGCACUUGCUUGACGCUUGGGGUGAGGUUAAGGGCGUUGCUGAGGUCCGGGAAUCGUGUAAAAAAGUGAUGAGCCAGGAAGGCAAUGACGAUUGA